AUGACACCAUCACUGGAGAGCACCGUCUGCCCUCUCUGCCUGCAUAACUACCAGGCACUGGCACAGCACCUGAAGCGGGCACAUGGCGUCUGCAAUGGGCAUGAAAGGAGGCUGUUGCUCAGCAUGGCCUCCGGACGUGUAAAUAUCCGGCAGUGUCCUUGUCCAGUCUCGGGCUGCUCCUACCACGGCACGAGACUGGACAAGCACCUGCAGGAUGGGCACCCGGAGCUGAGACAAGCCCGCUUGUUAAACGAGGAGCAAGCCGUCAGGAAGGCGGCAGUGGUAUGCCUUCUGGGCUGCCUGAGGGCCACACACCCUCGGGUAGCCAUGGUCUCGGCAUUAGACCUGGUCGCGAGCACCGCUGAGGACCGGCAGGUUGUCUGCGAGGUCGACCCGGGGGUGGUGGUCGUCGUCUGCCAGAUGCCAGCCUGUGUGGGUGUGAGGGCGGAGCACCAUGAACUCACUGCCACCAUCCAUCGGCUGGAGAGGGAGGCUACCCAGCAUCAGAGUAAAAUCAAGGUGCAGGCCCGGAAGCUCCGCCGCUACCAGCUUUUAGUCAGAGGGAUGAAUGAAGGUGCAGCAGGCCGCCAGGAGCAGGAGGAAGAACAGCGGGCAGAGGAGGUCGAGCAGCGGGCGGAGGAGGUGGUUGAGCAGCGGGCGGAGGAGGUCGAGGCCAGGCCAUGCAGGCAGCGGCAAGAACUGCAAAGGACCACCUUCCAGGGGAGGGGGAGAGGUUCAGUGAUGAGGCACCUGGCCCUCCCUCCCAGUAUUGAAAAGUUCUUGGCCGAGUAUGCAGCCUAUCAACAGGGCAUUAGGCCCACUCGAAAGCAGGUGGAGAAUGCCACCUCAAAGAUUAGCCGGGUGAGGACGUUCCUGUUCCACCUCUCGGCGGGGAAGAGCCACCUCACCUCGUGGCUCUUCCUCAACGACAUGCCUGCUGUAACAAAGUAUGCAUCGCAGCUGAUUAGGGAGGGCAAGGAGGUCACGACGGUCAAAUGCUACCUCCAUAAUAUCAUCCAUUUCCUCGGCUACCUGAAGGACACCCCACCCGCGGCCUGCAGGUUGCGGAGGCCCCACAUCCACGGGGUGAUCAGGGCGGUCCACAUGGCCCUGAGAAAUUUGGCCAGGCCAAUUGCGAUGCACCAGCUCAAGGUGAAGGCGAAAAAGAUGGCUGGCAUUGUGUCCAGGGAGAGCCUGCGGAGGUGCCAGGAGCAGGCCAGGGUGGUCAUCCCGGAGCUGCUGACCAGGAUGGAGGACACCACCAACAAAGGCAUAUCCAACCUCAGAGACGAGUUCUUCGGGUACCUCUCGGCCUUUGUCAUCUCUCUCUAUGGACACAGGCCGGGAGUACUAACCAACAUGACCGUCUCUGAGGUUGAGGCGGCCAAGGCGGACCCUCUCCUCCCGACUGACACAGGCUAUGUCAUCACUAUCGACGAGCACAAGACCAACCGCGACUUUGGUGGGGCCCAGAUUUUCCUGACCUUCGAGGAGUUCUCCUGGCUGGAGAGGUGGCUCGAGGUCAGGAAACGUCUGGGCUCCAAGAGCCAGAGGGUGCUCACCACCAGAGCUGGGGGCCCACUCAAGAACAUGGCCGGGUACAUGCAGGCCGUCUGGGCCCACAUGGGCCUGCCUGGACGGCCUUCAUUCACAGACCUGAGGACGGCGGUGUCUGGUCACGCCAAACACAUCCACAGUGGGACCACCAGGGAGAAGCUGGCCCGGUUCAUGUGCCACAGCACCGCGACCGCCGACCGAUUCUACUCUCUGGUCCUCGACCGCAGCCAGGCGAAGGACUUGCGGGGCCACUUCGAGGAGGUGACUGCCUCCUCCUCCUCCACCACCCAUGAUCAUCAGGACAGUGGUGACUCGGCUGCAGAGGAGCUGGAGGAUAUGAGGACGGAGUCUGAGGCGGAGGAUGACGACCAGUAAAUUCAAGAUAAAUUGAUUUAAAUGCA